GGGUCGGCUGACGCGAGCGCGGGCCGCAGCCAAUGGGCGUGCCGCUGCUCGUCCGCUCUUUAGCGGCCGGUCGGGGGCGGUGGAAGAGCGAGUGGGGAGAGCGCGACGGCGGCGGAGCCAUCGCUGGACGGCCCGGGGGAAAGCGAGGCCCCAGCCUCUGCGUCUAGGAUCAGAAUGGUUUCAAUCCCAGAAUACUAUGAAGGCAAGAAUGUCCUCCUCACUGGAGCUACUGGUUUCUUAGGGAAGGUACUUUUGGAAAAGUUGCUGAGGUCUUGUCCUAAGGUGAAUUCGGUGUACGUUUUGGUGAGGCAGAAAGCUGGACAGACACCCCAAGAGCGAGUAGAAGAAAUCAUUAGUGGCAAGCUCUUUGACAGAUUGAGAGAUGAAAAUCCAGAUUUUAGGGAGAAAAUCAUAGCAAUCAACAGUGAACUCACCCAGCCUAAACUGGCGCUUAGUGAAGAAGAUAAAGAGAUCAUCAUAGAGUCUACCAAUAUUAUAUUCCACUGUGCAGCUACAGUAAGGUUUAAUGAAAAUUUAAGAGAUGCUGUUCAGUUAAAUGUGAUUGCUACACGACAGCUUAUUCUCCUUGCACAACAAAUGAAGAAUCUGGAAGUGUUCAUGCAUGUAUCAACAGCAUAUGCCUACUGCAAUCGAAAGCAUAUUGAUGAAGUAGUCUAUCCACCGCCUGUGGAUCCCAAGAAGCUUAUUGAUUCUUUAGAGUGGAUGGAUGAUGGCCUAGUAAAUGAUAUCACACCAAAAUUGAUAGGAGACAGACCUAAUACAUACAUUUACACAAAAGCAUUGGCAGAAUAUGUUGUACAACAAGAAGGGGCAAAGCUGAAUGUGGCGAUUGUAAGACCAUCAAUUGUUGGUGCCAGUUGGAAAGAACCUUUUCCAGGAUGGAUUGAUAACUUUAAUGGACCAAGUGGUCUCUUUAUUGCGGCAGGGAAAGGAAUUCUUCGAACAAUGCGUGCCUCCAACAAUGCCCUUGCAGAUCUUGUUCCUGUAGAUGUAGUUGUCAACACAAGUCUUGCGGCAGCCUGGUAUUCCGGAGUUAAUAGACCAAGGAACAUCAUGGUGUAUAAUUGCACAACAGGCAGCACUAAUCCUUUCCACUGGGGUGAAGUUGAAUACCAUGUAAUUUCCACUUUCAAGAGGAAUCCUCUCGAACAGGCCUUCAGACGGCCCAAUGUAAAUCUAACCUCCAAUCACCUUUUAUAUCAUUACUGGAUUGCUGUAAGCCAUAAGGCCCCAGCAUUCCUGUAUGAUAUCUACCUCAGGAUGACUGGAAGAAGCCCAAGGAUGAUGAAAACAAUAACUCGUCUUCACAAAGCUAUGGUGUUUCUUGAAUAUUUCACAAGUAAUUCUUGGGUUUGGAAUACUGACAAUGUCAAUAUGUUAAUGAAUCAACUAAACCCCGAAGAUAAAAAGACCUUUAAUAUUGAUGUACGGCAGUUACAUUGGGCAGAAUAUAUAGAGAACUACUGCAUGGGAACUAAGAAAUAUGUGUUGAAUGAAGAAAUGUCUGGCCUCCCUGCAGCUAGAAAACAUCUCAACAAGUUGAGGAACAUACGUUACGGUUUCAAUACUAUCCUUGUGAUCCUGAUCUGGCGCAUUUUUAUUGCAAGAUCACAAAUGGCAAGAAACAUCUGGUACUUUGUAGUUAGUCUGUGUUACAAGUUUCUGUCGUAUUUCCGAGCAUCCAGCACUAUGAGAUACUGAAGACAAGAAUUUAGCAUUAGAACAUCUAUGCAUAUGGUGGUCUAAAUGCACAAAAUGUAAAAUGUACUUAAGUCGUCUCACCUUUUGUCAAGACAUUAAACCAUCUUAGAUUGGAGUGUGGAGUAAUUAUGGUACAUUUUAUGUAACGUUUUCAUGUUUAUGCUCAUAAAAACCUAGUGAACACACUGUGGUAUGCCAGCUCAAAUCUGCAAUAGCCGCCAAAACCUUGACUUAACAUUUUGAUCCCUUGGGAAGAGGAGUAGGGUGAGGGUAGGAGUGGGGAAAUAGGAAAACUGACCAGUAUAACUGUGCACUUCUGGAACAUAUUCAUUAAAAUAUGCCUUAACAUAUAGUGAAUUUCUAAUUCUAAUAUUUAGUGCAAUGGAAAGCAUUUAUUUGGACAGAAAUACUAGCUAAGUUGGUAGAUAUUUGAUUCUUCAGUGUUUGAUUUUUUUCCAUCAGUCGAAGUGGGUUUUAGUUUUGUAAAAAUUACAGCCAAACUAUUUUCACAUCAUCCUGUAAGUUAUUGAGUGGUCUCACACAUGAAAGACAAUGUUCUCAUUUUUCUUUCUCUACUUAGAGGUCUCAUGCAUAUAAUUUUUCUAUAAACUAUCAGUUGCUUUCAUAAUCAGAAGACUAUAUAUUAUUCUAAAGACCCUACUGAAUCUAAAUGAGUUUAAGAAUCCAUAUCAACAUAUGCUGUGUGUUUUUUGAAGGAAAAUUAAAGCAAAUUCAGUAAGACUAUUAGUAUCAAAAAGAAUAAGAAUACAUUUUUCUUGUCCACAUUAUGACCAAAUAAAAAUCAGUCCUAUGAGAUUUUGUUCAUGUUUUGAAGCUGGAGGAUUUCUUGAGACUUUGGCAAGUGGUGGGUGCGAGGGGGUGACGGGGAGAGAGUCACCAUGCUUGUGCUCUCCUCCCUUUAUAAAUUAGAUAAUAGGAUUUUUAAAAGGCUUAUACUGUCUUUCCAAUGAAAACUGAAAUUGCAUUAUUAUGGAAGAAUGUAAUUGGAGGUAGUCAUAACAUUAAGAAAAUGUUCUCAUGUGUGUAAACACAUUAAUUUUUGACAUUAAGAGCUGAGUUCCUUCAAGAAAAAUAAAAUAAUGCAUACAAUAAUGUGUAUAAAAUUAAAUAAAGGACUUUAUUUACAUACCACAUAAAGUAGCAAACUGUUGAAUGAGUUUGAAGAUAUCAUUUAUUUUUUCUGCAUGUGGUUUUAGCUUUAGAAAGAAAUGCAUUAUAGAAGCAAGUAAUAGCAAGAAAAUUAAUGUAUAUUUUAAUGAUACAUUAUAAUUCCCUUUAAACCUUAAUAGUGAUUAACUCUCCUUACUGUUUUAACAUACAUUUGGUUUAACGGAUUGAUCAACAUCACAUGUUGUAGUUUAGCUGAUCCAAGUUGGUACUAUAUUUAAAUCAUCAACAAUGUGUCUUGAAUAUGUUUAAUGAGGUCAGUCACAAUACAAAAAGUUUCAUAGAACUUUACAUCUUAAUUUCCUUUGUCAAUUUAAAUGCAAUGUAUAGGAAGUUUAUUUUAUUAUUGUGAAAAAACUAAAUGUAGAGGAAAUUACCUUCCUUGCAGGUGUGUAAUUUUGAAAAGGAAAAAUGCUUCCAUGUUGAAGCCAGAUUUUCUGUAGUAAAACUUUUAAACAUUAUUUUAAAAGAAAUAUGUAUAUAAAUAUAUAUAUAUAUAUAUUCUUUGGAAGAUACUGUGGUCUAGGACCAUACCUUGUAUAAGGUGUGAGAGACCAUGACAGUGUCUAAAAAUGGAAUAAAUGAUGAUGCCUUUGAUUUAAAGUGGCCCACGUAAUUAACUAUACAUGCUCUAUACAUUGAGUGCUCCAUCUCUCCAAAUACAUUUCCGUUCUGUGUUGAAAACAUGCUAACGUUUGUAUGAUUUUUACACAUCUGCCAAAUAUACUUAGAAUCAGAUGAAUUGUCUUUGUAUCUUACAGAAGAAUCAGGUACAACAUCAACAGGCAUGUGAAGUACAUGGGGUUAUUUGUCUUCUGAACUAUGUCAUUGUUCUUAUAAUCUAACUUAAAGAAAUGCUAACUACGAAGGCCCUGAGGCCACUGCAUUAAUUUGUGUGUGUGUUUAGAAUUCUGUUGUCAGAAGAAAGCUAAUGAAUAAAUUAAUAUGUCAUUGUGGAAUUUAGAGUUCUAAAAUUGGUGUAAAGAGUAUAUAGAUUGUUAAUUCCCACCAACUAGACUUUAAGCUUAACUCAAACUUAAAAGAUUUUGGAAACCAUUUCUGUUUAUGUCUUUUGAUAGACAUGGUUUUUAGUUCUGUUUCAUUAUGUUUUCUACACAAACUUAAUUUUUAACAGGGUAGCCUAUUAAACGUAAAUUUAAUAUUUCAUUUAACUCAUUUGAUAAAGCUAUAUUGUAAAACAUUUGGGUUUUUCCCCCAUUCACUCCUGAUUCUUAUAAUUCCAGUAUAUGUAUUUGUCAAUUGUGACGUCACUGUGACUGUAUUUAAAUUUGACAUGGCAACAUUAUUGCUGUGUCCUAACACUCAACACAGAGAAGCAUGGCAAUACAUUCUUUGACUUAAGGAUGGUAUAAAACAAACACUCUUUGAAUCUGUGUAAUAAAGCUUUGAAGCAGGGAGGAAAAAAUCUUAUUUCUCCCCUUUUUUGUGUGUUUGUCUGUAGGAACUGGUUCAGGGUUUUUUGCUUUUUGUUUUAAAUGUAAAUUGAUAAUCUUUUAUAAGAAGUAAAUAGAAGCAUUAUUGGGUGCCUUUUUUGUAAAACAAAAAGUAAUAAAUGAAUCCCUAUAUUUCCAUUAUAGUAUUUAUUGUAUUUUUACAAUAAUUAUACUGAAAAUCACCAAUGAGAUAAUGUGGUUAGGAUUACGGAAGCAGUCCUCACUUAUACUUCUUACCUUUUUUAAGGUGUACUCAUUACUUCUUGUAUCCUAAUGUUAUUCUGAAUUUCUUACACAGUAUCGUAGGGGAAGCAUAUAGGCAGGAUGAACACUUUUUGUUGGAAGUAUUAUUUUUAUUUAUUAGCUGGAAUGAGGUGGUUUUUCUGUUUUACCAGGAGACUGCCAGGGUGUCAUUAGGCUCCAGCUACUCUCUUCCACAUUAAAUGAUAUCAUAUUAAUUUAUAGGUACAUUUCUAGUCAUUUAUCUGUUGAGUAAGCGUAGGAAUCAUGCAUUAGUGAUAGAGAUUAACUAUAAAAAAUGAGGGAAUAUCAGGCUGCAGUACAGGUAAGUGUAAGCGGCCUUCCCAGCCUGCUCUUCUAGGCUGCCUCCAAGCCCUGACUUGAAACCAUUAGCACUCACUUGCUCUAUUUUGAGAAAAACUCUCUAAGCUUUUGCAUGAGAAACUAGAGAAAAGAAUGUAUGCUGCAUAACUUGAUAUAGAAAUGAGUUAAUUAACAGUCUCGGUGAUAAAUAUGAAAUAUUUUCUUAUUAAAUUCAUGUUUUUAUCUUAAAGCAUUUUCUAGUCAUAGAAUAAAUUUGCCUUUUUUUGGUGGUACCCUCUUAGCAUACAUCUCUGCUACCAGAUUCCUAAACAAGUCAUCUUUGUCACUUGAGCAUAGUUGUGCAAAAUUGUUAAAGAAUUCCUUUGAUUUUUCUUUAUUAAAGAAGAAUUUGAGUAACAUU